ACUGAAGGCUGAUGGUUAAUAUUGUUUAAGCCGUAUUAAACUUGGCAUAAAUUAUUCAAAUAUUUGAAUGGAAGAGUUCAGCACUUAUUCUUACUUAUCUUGUUUUUGUGUUUGGGUGUCGUCUCCUUUUAAGGAGAUUUCUUUGUUUUUGAUGUUUAGUGAUUGGAAGGCUGUAUGUCACUUGUUAUUUCGCCUCCUUUUAUUUUUGGUGGACUGCUUGUCCCUUUCAUCUUUGUUGUUCUUUUUCUCCUUUGAUUUUGGAUAAAAUUUUGUUGUUGAUAAAUAGUGUGUAAUUGUGGUUCUUGUUUCACUAUAUUCUGUAGGUGUUAUUUUUUAUUUUAAUGAGUUUGUGUUGUAUAUUUAUAGUUCAUAGGUUUUAUUUAUUUAUUUUUCAUUCAGGUUUUCAGAGAUAUCCCUUACGGCCAUAUUUAGACUAUGUUGCUUAUCUAUAUCAAUGGAUGGAUCCCCUUCCUGAACAAGAACGUUUUGAGCUUGGUUACAGGGAUUUCUUACAGUUGCCCUUGCAAGUAUGUUUUAUUAUGUAAAUUCAUGGUUUAAUUCACAACUUUUUUAGUAUGAUGAACUUUUCAUUCCCAUCCAUUGUGACGCUCCCCUCACUGUUGUUAUAAUUACAUGUUGAGUUUCCUACUUCUGAAUGUGGCCUCCCAUGGAUAAUUUAGAGGCCCAAACAUACGAAACAUUUGAGAAGGAUAGUGCCAAAUAUAUCCAGUAUCAAAGAGCAGUCUCGAAAGCUUUGAUGGACAGGGUCCCAGAUGAAGAAGCAUCUAUGAUAAUCACUGUACUGAUGGUUGUGGGAGCUGGACGUGGACCUCUUGUUAGAGCAUCGUUGCAGGCAGCUGAAGAAACUGGACAGAAGUUGAGAGUUUAUGCAGUGGAGAAAAAUCCAAAUGCAAUUGUCACACUUCAUGGUAUGAAUGACAGAGUUGUCCCACCCUCAAUGACAGAUUUUGUGCAGCGGCUUCUACCAAGGGGCGAUGGUGCAUAAGCUCCUUUACGACGGCCAUUUCACCUGUUAUUAUUUCUGUGACGAAUGCCAUAGACAGAUUUUCCCUACCAUUUUUGGAAACCCACAAGGGCCACUUGCCACUAAAGUAGAUAGCGAAGCGAUAAUAGAAGAGGAAAACCUUGGUGAUUCUGUCAUGGACUGAGAACAUUUUCUGCCAUGAGAACCAUUUUUUGUUUCUUAGUAGAUGCUUUCAUAGUACUUGUAUGUAUAAUUAGUUUGAAUUGUAUCUUUUGUGCUGAUUUGUUUUGUAACA